CAAUUUUCGUGUAUUUUUAGAAAUAUUGUAUGGAAAAUAAUUUAUCAGAGAGAAAUAAUUAACUUAUUUUGACACGAUAUGGAUAACGAUUCAACAGUGAAAAUGAGCAAGGGCUGCUGGAAAUUUGACGAAGAAGAUCGAGCGCUGUACAUAGACAUUGAAGACGACACUGAAGAUGAUAGAGAAAAUAAAGUAUACAGCUGCUGGGAUCAAACGCCUGAUAUACUUCUAGAGGAAAUUUUUUCUUACUUAACUAUUCGCGAAAGAUACUAUGCAUCUUUGGUAUGUAGGUCAUGGUAUCGUGCCUUUAAAUUGCCAAGGGUAUGGUCUACCUUUACAUUGGAGGAUAAUACACUUACUAGAGGCAAAUUUAACUAUCAUAGUGGUUGGCAAUAUGUGUUAGAUCAUAUGAGAGCUUCUGCAUGUUUGAAUAAAGUUGGCAGGAAUUUCAGAUCUCUAGUUUUUGACCCUAUGUUGAAUUUCUAUAAUCUUUAUGAAUUCAUGAACAUGAUAUCUUGGUAUACUGAGAGACAAGGAUCAGAUAAUACAUCAGUGGCAGGAGUCGGUACUCACAUUCGACGACUUAAGUUUACAUUUCCUUGUAACAUGGCAAAUAGAGAUGAUCCUGAUAGUAUUAGACUUUUUGGUACUGGUGGAAAAUUAUUAGAAGCAUUGAAGAGGCUAAUGCGUAAUUUACGUAAUUUGAGAUGCUUAGAGUUGAUAGAUCUUAUGUUGGAUACCAAAGAAGCUUUACAUUUAAUGGAUGAUAUCUGUGCCAAUUGUACUCAAACAUUGACGAAGCUGAUUCUAAUCAAUACCACAAGGUAUUAUUGCCCCCUUCUACAUGUAGGAGUAUUUAUUAAUUUAAAUGUAUUAGUCAUUAGUCCACAAAACCUCCAUGAAGAUGUGAUAGAUUUAAUUGGUUAUACUAAAUUACAACAUCUUCAUAUCCUUCAAAAUCGCUAUAGCCAGAAAGAUACCACAAUGAGAUUGGUAAUAAUUCCUGCAAGAAAAGCUUGGAUAAAAAUGAGAAAAAACAAUCCACAUAUUAAAGUACAUUUUGAAGUGGAAAGUUAUAAACCUACGGAUAUACUUUUGCCUAUUGAUUUGUUAGAACAUGGGAGUAUUCCAUGUCACAGUAUAGUUUUAAAUACUCCAAAUACACAGAUUUCAUCUUCAACUAUUCUUAAUCACGGAACGUUUUUCGAAUCGACAAUAAGGGUGUAUGCAUUCAAAGGUCUAACCAGAUAUUUUGCGCCUAGAAAUUUUUCGCAAAGAUUGGAUGAAGCAAUAGUACAAUUUUGCAAAAUGUGUCCGAACCUUCAUACACUGGCUUUAUCUCUAUUUGUCUUCUAUGGAUCUAUUUAUAUACAUAUGUUGUGUGGCAAUAUAUCAAUGAUUUGUCAAUAGUACACAAGGCAACAGAUUUAAAUUCAGAUCGAUUACUGUAUCAAUGACUUGGAAGCCAAUCAGUGGGAGGCAAACAUUUUACCAUGACACAUUUGAUAACUUGCCUGGGCUUUUGGUUAUUGAACGAAUAAUACUUCAUACGAUUACGUUAAUCCACGGAUUGGUUUCCUUAGUAUUCAGCUAAUACAUUUGUCAACUAACUAACUUUUCUUUCAAAUAACUAACUCAUAAAAAAGAUUUUGAGUAAUUUGAAUUCAUAAUUCAACAAACUUGUAUAUUUAAUAAAUGUUUUUCUGCAGAUGAUUCGAGAUAAAAUUUCAACCGCCACGAUAUUAGAAAUCGUGUCUACAGCAAAGAAUUUGCGUUGCUUGUACGUCCGGAGAUAUUCAACCCUAAAGAAAUGCGACGGGGAUUGGUUAAAAAUUAUGAAUUGGUCACCAGAACAUUAUCAGUGGAUUAAAGAAAAUAGCCGUAGCUAUGAAAGUACGGAAAAAGAGGUAUCUAGAAUAUUAAACUACAGGUGGCACAUGCUAA